UUCUAUACUACAACGAUGUAAAUCUCUACUGAAAUACGGUUUAGUUUGACAGCUUUGUACGAAUUAUAUACUUCGCUGAAAGCAAUACAUUUACGCAUGCGCUGUGUGUCCUUGCGCGGGAUACACACAGCUUUUCCCUUGUUCUCGUUGAUGCGUUUGUGUUUGUAUGCGGCGUGUGAAAUCGAAUGGGGACGUAAAUUGUCCAUUCACGUAGUACACAAAUAGCCAGACCCGACCCAUGAAAAAAGCUGGCUAUGUCAGCUGUAUUACUGGAGCCAAAAAUGGCUUCGCAAAUCGUAGAAGACAGUCCGAAAAUCGGAUCUGUCUUACCAGUUGAAGUUGAACAAGCUCUUCCAGACCUGCUAAUGGUAUCACUGAAGUCCGGGGGUAAAGUUUUUCGUGGUGUUCUGAUCGACUCAAACUCAGGAGCAUGUCCUGUAGGUGUACCAGACCCUUCAAACCUCGGCUCACGGCUUAACAAGGAGUUUGGCGUGCCAGUCAUAGACACCGCUUUCAUCAAGCACGAACAGGAUCCGGGCACAGGGGACACUGCUACAAAAGUAGAGGACUCUGCCUUGAGCUUCAGACAGUCCUACUUCCAGAAUAUGCCACUGCCCCCUGCAAGACCACUUCUCUUCGGCAAGAAGGAGAAGACACCAGAAAUCAAACCAAAGACAAUUAGCCAUGUAAGGUCCAGACAGUUUCGGCUGCGGCCUCGACAGUUGCUUUGUAGCAAGUGCAAAGGGGCUUGUCAUUCAGCUAAAGCAAAGACUGCUGCAAGUAACAGACCUGAUAAGAAUGGUCUAAAGAAGAGGAAAGCAGACUCUUCAGGUGAUGUUGUCCGUAAAAAGCCCAGGCCCGACCCUCGGGUGACUACAAAUGGUGGAACACAUGUGGCUAAACCAAAUGCAGGGGCGUCAGGCUCCCGUCCAUUGAGUACUCCAGCAAAGUCAGUAAACAAGUCUCUCAAGAAAACUAGCCCUGCCAUCAAGAUAUCAUAUGCAACGCCUGGGAAAGGACAGAGGUUGAUUGUGAGGAUACCACCUCGCACAAACAAUUUUAAGCAAGGUUCUCCUUCUACAGGGAUCGGUUCCAAGAAUAAGAACAGAGUACUAACCGUUCCAUUGUCACCGUUAUCUUCACUUGGUAAGCAUACAAUUGACUCUUUAAAGAAGAUGAACGGUCUGCAUAAGGCACCAGUGAAUACCCAGCAUGAUAAGAUCAGGAUUGUAAAGACCAAAGGAACUUAUUCAAUACCUUCAGAAACAUUAUCAAUGAGAACUUAUGGCCCUCUACCUGGGUCACCGAAGAUAGUGAAUGGAAAAAAACUAGUAGGAAAUGUCACUGUCAAGCCAAUAACAUUACUUAAUGGGUAUCGGCCACUAAGCAUCAUGCAGAAAAAACUGCCAUGCACCCCUAAUAUCUUGCCGCCAUUUGAGAUCAGUGACACAGCCAGUGAUUGUUCAUCUUAUACUAGUAGAGGAUCAAGGAAAGGUGGUAAGAAGGGCAAGCAGAAUGGUUCCAUCAACAACAACAAUUCAGAAUAUGAGUUUGAUUCUGAUGCAUCGUCAACGGUAGCCCCUAAGAAGAAAGAAGAGGAAGUGAAACCCAGCAAUCACAAGAAGAAUGUGACCAAGAGCAUUUUGCCCGGAGGUCGAACAGUCUGUGUAGGUGACAUCAUCUGGGGGAAGAUCACAGGGUUCCCUUGGUGGCCGGGACGCAUCGUCCAGAUCAUCGUGACCCGAAGCAACGAGGGCGGCAUCACUCUGCAGGAGGCCCAGAUCACCUGGUUCGCGUCGCGCUCCAUCUCCUUCAUGCCGCUCACCAAGCUUCCACCGUUCCUGGGGGAGUUCAAGAAGCACUACGAUAAGAAGAGGAAGGGGCUGUACAAAGAGGCCAUCUCGCAGGCAACCAAGGCUGCAGAGGCACUGUCCAGUGAAGUACGAGAACUCCAUACUAUGUUUGAAACUCCACUUAACAAAUCCUAACCCAAGUUGGCAACAGCUCAAGGGAAAUCGGCUUAGAUUCACAGAUGCUUUGACAUCAUAUUCAAAUCAUCCCAAAGCCCAGAUGUGGAACAUGCUCAUCACCUUGCCGAGGACCUGGACAAGACAAGUAGACCACUCCUGCAAACCACAGAACAGAAUUGUCUCCUGACCCUGUGCCUUCUGACCAAACCUGAAGAAUGCCAGGAAUUCCACCAUCACAAAACUGCGGAAGGAUUCCACCAUGAGAAGAAACUGCAGGGGAAGUCAACCAGCCAACACUAAGGGCUGAGGAAUUUCACCACAGAGGAAAUACAGAGGGGGGAUUCCGUACAAUGUGCCCCAUACAACAUCCCUCUUGUAUCCAUAUUACAUGUAUUUCAUCCGAAAUGAAGAAAAAAAUAAAUCUUGGUAAGAAUUUUCAUUUAAUAAUGUUAGUGAUACCAGAUAAAAACAAUAGUCGGUGGUCAUAUCGAGCGAUUUGAAUAUUUUGGAUGAAAACAAAUUUAUAAAUUUCAUAUGUCGUCGUACAGGACAUAUUGCAUGGAAUCGUCCAGAGGGGAUUGAGCGCAUUUUGGACAACUCGAGUCGAGACAUCCUUGGCCAGGAGAUGUCUGCAGAAGUUUGCAGGAUGUCUGCAGGAGAUGUCUGCAGGUCUUGAAGGAGUUUACUAGUUCCAGGAAGCAAGGCCGAUUGUGGUUUGUGAAGAGAUGUGAACAAAAAAACAAUUAAUGCAACUCCUAGGUUGAUGCAACCAUUUAGAAUCAGAGAGAUAUUUGCUGUGCUGGAUCACGGACAUCAGGUUGUAAGAAAACCUGGUGUGGUAUUCUGAAAUCGAUGUUAUCUUUUAUGUUAUUUAAAUGAUGUUAAUUAUCAUAACAAACCAAAAUUAGAACAAGUCAUUGGUUAAUGUCUGUGUAAAACUGGCUGCGUUUUCGUAAAUUUCAAAGAGACAUCUGCGCAGUGGCGUUGGUUUCAAGCAAUUUUAGUCUGCCAUGACGAGUAACAUCGUUUUCACAAUAUGUCUGCAGAUAUUAUUAUAAUGAUCUAUAACUGCCAGGGAGGGAUUAGGUUGGUCAAUUAUUAUUUUCUGGAUUUCAAGCAAAAAGCUUUCGAGAGGGAGGAAAAAUAUUUAAUGAAGAUAUCAUUAUCAGUUCUUAUGUAAGGAAAUGAGAUCAAUUUCUCUUUAUUUUGAUUAAUUUUUAAGGUAUUUUUGUCUAUCUCAAGAAUAUUAUUGUCUAGUUGAGGUGGUACCUUUACAAUUUUGAAAAAAAUUGUUUCUAUAACGGGUCCUGUCAUGAAACUUUUCUCUCUUUUUUCUUCCACAUUUUUUGUUAAUUCUCUCUAUUUUGUUGGCAUGCUGUAGGCUGUACCAUUAAGUUUGAAUGUAAAUCCGCCUUUGACUUUCUCUAUUUUAUUUUGCCCAACAGUCUUCGAUUUACUUUUACUAGACAUGACAGUCUAUACAUCAGUCUGCUCGUAAUCAAUGAUCAACUUGUAGUUAACAAUCAAAUUAUUCAUGCCCCUUGUAAGUUUGAUGUUUUGUGCUUUUCGUAGCUCAAGAAUGAAAGGAGAACAGGUUGAAUACUUUUAGAUGUGAGUUUUAAUAUGCCACAUUCUUAAGAAACAUAAAUAAAUUCUUCAUACAAUUACAAAACUUAGUAAGGGUAUGAAUAAUUUAAUUGUUAGCUGUUAAUGUAUGUGAAGAUGAGUAAUAUGCUGUUUUUAAAAAGUUUUUAUUUUUGCAGAUGGUAGGAAUGGUUUAUUGAAAUAUUAGUCUGUAUCUGUAGUUGGGCAUUAUAUCCAAGAUGUAUUCACUCAGAGGGUUUCGCUUUAUACUUCAGAGGUGGUGAGGGAAAGCUUCGCAAAUGCCUUUCUCUUUCUCUUUCUCCCUUCUAUUUUAAGAAAGAAACCAGCAAUGACUCACCCUGAAGUAACCUCCAGAGGUUCUCUGUGUAUAUUGACUAACUCAUCCAGAGCUGGGCUUGAAGGGGAGAGUCGAGAUCCUUCAAGAUAUAGCGAUAAUGCCUCAGUCACAUCUUUGCGUAUUUGGCUCUCGUGUUGCUGCGUAUUUAUGGCAAGCCGUUUUAACAUUUAUUCCUAUUUCUUGAGAUCAAGAAUUACCACUGCUUUACACUUGAAAAUAAUUUCUUGAUAUCAAGAAAUAAGAAUAAAUGUUAAACGGCUUGACAUAAGUAUGCAGCAAUACGCAAGCCUAAUAGGCAAAGGUGUGACUGAGGAAUAACUCAUUAUAAUACCGGUGAAAGUGACCUUCAAAGGUAAGGUAGAAAACCUCAGGAGGUUCUCGUCAGAGCAGGACUUGAUGGGGAAGUCAAGAUCCUGCAUGAUAUAGCGAUAACCCUUGUAUCUGUAUGAUCAUAAUCCCUGUGAAAGUGACCUUCAAAAGUAAGGUAGGUUGACUGAAUGUAGAAACAAUCUGUGCAUUGGCAGAUAAAGGUCAUUUGAACUAAAAUUGUAAAAUCUACCUAGACAAACACCGUACCUGGCGCGUGCUCAUGAAAGUUGUGUAAUCAUUAUCCAUGUAAUGCACUAACGGUACAUUCUAAGGAACACAGAUGGAGGUGUUCUUUUGAACCAUGUCCUGAUUAAGAACUGGUCUAUUGACCAACCCCACGCUAAAAUGAAACCUGCUGUAGAGUAUAAAUAAAUCAAUCCAAACUGCAAUUCCUAAGGGUCACAGAAGGUUUAUCACAUGUCAGAUACCACAUUAGGUAUGUUUUCAUCAGCUGGAGAUUGUCAAAUACAGUAGCCUGUUAUUUCUGAUUUGGGAAAUAAGCCCAAAGUUACAAAUCACGUCUUCAUCAGCUCGAGACACUAGCUUGAGAUAUU